CGGCCUAUUUUUACGGAGAGGAGAAGACUUCUGCAAGGUGACAGCGACAAUCUAAUUGUGGAGAUGCGAUUGGAGGAUCCGAAUAAGUACUUCAACUACCUCAGAAUGUCAGCUGUAAUCUUCAACGAGUUGCUCAAUAUUGUCGGACCUUUGAUCGAAAAGGAAAAUGUAAUUCGGAAACCGAUACCGGCCAGAACGAGAUUAGAAGUGACUAUACGAUGGUUGGCAUCUGGUGACAGCAUGACAUCGUUAUCGUAUGCUUAUCGCAUUGCCCAAUGUACGCUAUCACGAAUAAUUCCGGAAACUUGUGAAGCAAUUUGGCUCGCCCUAAAGGAAAAGUUUAUGAUUGAUCCAACCGAAGACAAUUGGAGAACAAUAGCAGAAGACUUUGCGACAACAUGCCAAUUUCCAAACUGCAUAGGCGCUAUCGAUGGAAAGCAUGUCGUAAUUCAGUGGUUCCUGCUACUACAACUACAAAGGAAACCAUAG